UGCUGCGAGAGGAGCGGAGCGGAGCGGAGAGGAGGAGUCCGGGGCCCGGGCUGACCUCGGAAUCGCCGCAGGAGCUGGAACGGCCGAACCGCCGCCACGAUGAGCGGAGACCACAACCCGGCCAGCACCCCGACCCCGGUCCAGGACGUGCAGGGCGACGGGCGCUGGAUGUCCCUGCACCAUCGCUUCGUGGCGGACAGCAAGGACAAGGAGCCCGAGGUGGUCUUCAUCGGGGAUUCCCUGGUGCAGCUGCUGCACCAGUGUGAGCAGCUUUGGAGGGAGCUCUUCUCCCCUCUUCAUGCCCUCAACUUCGGGAUGGGUGGGGACAGCACUCAGCACGUCCUGUGGAGGCUGGAGAAUGGGGAGCUGGAGCACAUCCGCCCCAAGAUUGUGGUGGUCUGGGUGGGGACCAAUAACCAUGGGCACACGGCAGAGCAGGUCGCAGCUGGAAUCGAGGCAAUCGUGGGCCUGGUGAACCAGCGGCAGCCCCAGGCCCGAGUGGUUGUGCUGGCCCUGCUCCCAAGGGGCCAGCACCCCAACCCACUGAGGGAGAAAAACCGCCGCGUCAACGAGCUGGUCCGAGCAGCCCUGGCAGGCCGGCCUCGUGCUCACUUCCUGGAUGCUGACCCUGGCUUCGUGCACUCAGAUGGUACCAUCAGCCACCACGACAUGUAUGACUACCUGCAUCUGACCCGCCUGGGCUAUACGCCUGUGUGCAGGGCUUUGCACGCUUUAUUGCUGCGCCUCCUCGCUUCAGGCCAGGGACCCCCACAGCCUGAGCCUGGCCCCUAAAUUCCCUCCCCAUUAAACACCCUGUUCCCCA